CCAGAGAGAACGGAGCCCGGGGCCACCCGGAAGGGCCGGGUUCCAAACGCCAGUGCCACGUCAGGCCAGGGAGCUGAGCGCAGCCCCGGCCGCUGCCGCACGGACUAGGCGCCCUCCUCGGCUGGGACUGGCCAGCACGGAGUCCGGCCGGGGGGAUUUAACCGAGGCCAGAAGCAUGAGGUCCCCAGCCCCCGCCGACUCUCCGGGGCGCUGGUGGCGGGGGCUGCCGCCGCUGCUGCUGCUGCUGCUACUACUGCAGGCCCAGGUGCUGCGAUGCAGCCAGCUGACUUUCGAACUGCCCGACAGCGCCAAGCAGUGUUUCCAUGAGGAGAUGGAGCAGGGGGUGAAAUUCACCCUGGGUUAUCAAGUCAUUAGUGGUGGACACUAUGAUGUAGACUGCUUUAUUGAAGACCCCCAUGGAAAGACAAUUUACAAAGAAACCAAGAAGCAGUAUGACAGUUUCUUUCACCAGACAGAGAACAAAGGAAUCUACAAGUUUUGCUUCAGUAAUGAGUUUUCCACCUUUACCCACAAAAUUGUGUUCUUUGAUCUACUAAUUGGAGAUGAACCCCCCAUUCUCCCAGAAAUGGGAAACAGAGUCACUGCAUUGACACAGAUGGAGUCUGCUUGUGUGACCAUUCAUGAAGCAUUGAAAACAGUGAUUGAUUCUCAGACACAUUAUCGACUCAGGGAAGCUCAGGACCGGAACCGAGCUGAUGAAUUAAAUGAGCGGGUUUCAUAUUGGUCUGUGGGGGAGACAGUCAUACUAUUUGUUGUCAGCAUCAGUCAAGUGAUGCUUCUGAAAAGCUUCUUCACAGAAAAGAGACCAACCAGUCGAGGUGUCAACUCAUAAUUCUGGAGGACACAUGGCCUCUAAAGUCCUGCUCAACAAAGGAAAUCCCAUUGAUACUGUCUACUUAGGAAGUAGGGGGUGGAGUUCUUCCAUGCUCUUAAAACUACAAGGAAAAAUAUCUUCUCUAUGUUCUAUUGGCCUGUAAAAUCAGGGGAUAGUGUGAAGACAAAACCACUAUAAAUUAUAACACAAUGCCAUUUUGCAUGUUUUUA